AUGCCAGUUGAGCCGAUGAACCCCUCUUUUGAUGCUCUUGGAGUCAUAUCUGAUCUCAUAUACAUAUACCAACACCACAAAAUACACUCCAACACCAUGUCCAUCCCCAAGACCAUGAAGGCCCUCGUCUACGACGAGCCCCGCAAGUUCUCGGUUAAGGAGGUUCCCGUCCCGGAGAUCGGCGACAACGAGAUCCUGCUCAAGGUCUCGAUUUGCGGCUUCUGUGGCACUGACGGCCACAUUCACGAGGGCGACUUCAACCCCAAGUUCCCCUUGAUCCCCGGUCACGAGGCCGUCGGAAGCAUCGUCAAGAUGGGCUCCAAGGUCGACAAGUCCGUGUUCAAGAUCGGCGACCGGAUUUGCGCCGAUGUUGGCAUCCAGUGCACAAAGUGCCACUACUGCCGUCGCGGCCAGACGCUCAUGUGCGAGAACAUGACGGCGGCCGGUGUGCAAACGGACGGCGGCUUUGCCGAGUAUAUCAAGUACCCGCAGGAGAAGUGCUUCAUUAUCCGCAACCUGUCGGACGAGGACGCGACGCUCCUCGAACCCGCUUCGUGCGCCGUGCACGGCAUGGACAAGCUGCAGAUGCCCUUCGGCUCGACUGUGCUCCUCAUUGGCGCCGGCCCCACUGGUCUCAUUCUUGCGCAGCUCAUGAAGCUCGGCGGCGCGUCCAAGGUUACGAUUGCGGCCAACAAGGGCAUCAAGAUGGAUCUUGCACGCAAGAUUGGUGCCGCGGACGAGUACAUCGACCUGGACCGUCAGAACGCCGACGCUCAGUGGGCUCAGAUCAAGAAGGACAACCCGUACGGUUUCGAUGUGGUUGCCGAGUGCACGGGUGUGCAGAAGAUUGUCGACAUGGCCCUCGACUACGUUGCGCGUGCUGGCACGCUCCUCGUGUACGGUGUGUACGAGGGCGACGCCAAGGUAAACUGGGCACCAUCCAGGAUCUUUGGUGACGAGAUUCGCAUCAUCGGCUCGUUCUCCCAGGUCUACUGCUUCCCUCGCGCUGUCGCGUUCCUCGACUCGGGCAAGAUCAACGUCAAGGGCAUGGUGACUGACGUCUACACCAUUGACCAGUGGCAGGAGGCGCUUGACAAGAUGAACUCGCGCAAGGCGCUCAAGAUCGCCAUCCGCCCUACCUAA